AUGGGUUCUUUACUCCAAGCUACCUACUGUGAUAUGCCUCGGACAAAGAUAAUCACCGGUGAUCAGCCUCGGUUGAACGACCAAGAGACAACCACACUGCAGUCCCAUGUUGAGGACUGGGAGAAGGCAAGUGGAACUGAGCAACGACAGAUUUUCAAAGUGGCCGCCAGAGAGGCAAAACUUUUCGCUCCAAAGAUGGACAAAGAGCUCUUGAAGCAACGAAAAGAGAGAUACAGGCAGUGGUUCUACAAUCACAAGAAACCCAAGGUUAAUGCCAAAGUGCCAAUGAAGCUGCAAAAGAAAUGGACAGCCCGCCGAGUCAUCGAAGAGGAGCGGAAGGCCGACAUUCUUCAGCAAAUACAUGAAGAAAUCGAGGAGGAGACUGGGCAGAAGCCUGAGCAGAAAGAAGUCCUCAGAAGAUAUCAACCUACCAUGACGGCAAUCAUGAAAGGGCUCAACGAUGAUGAGUUGGAGGAAGCCCGGGCAAAGGCCGACCAGUGGACAAAUCAAGCGCCUGACCCUGUAGUCCAGGCCAAGACAGCUAAGAAGAAGGGCAAAAAAAUGAUCAAGCACUUCGCCAAAGAGAUGUUUACUCAGGCCGGUAUGAGACUCUUUGUAUUGGGAUCCUGGAAAGACAAGAAGGGCGCCCUGCUUACAUCUGGGCAAGUUGAUAUGCUCGGUCGGUUUGACUUCAAUGAACACCUCGGAAGAGGAUCCAGCUUCAUGAAAUGCAAGGACUGGCAGGUCAUCUUACCGGCAUGGGAAGAUUUUAUCGGUGAUGAAUUCGACCAGGAUCAAGACCAGGACGGCACACUGUUGGGAGGCACUCGCCGAGUCCCCAAGCCUCAUUACGAGUUCGACCUGGACCGUAUGGAUUUGCCGAUAUUGCCUGAUAUUAAGGGUGUCUCGCUUGAAGUCAAGAAGGCAAUGAUUCGGUCAUUCCUCACCAUUCAUUACAGAAUAUGUUGCGGAAAACGGAAGGUCCCAGUGCCAUGGAGUGACAUAAUGAAGGGGCAGUCACGGUUCAUCUCCAGCACAUACCUGCCAAAUGAUAUCAAGAUCACAGACCCAUCCAAAAUGCAACGGAAUGAAGCCAAUGCCUUGUUGGAAUGUUGGUUGGACCGACAAGACCACCAGGUUGGACUAACGUUAAAGUUCAAAGCGUGGAUUGACGACAAGGGCAAGAUGCAUUCACCGGUCGGCGAAGGGUCUGAUGGGUCUGAUGGUGAUGCUCAUGAUGAGGGCUUAUGGCCCAGGCCAACUGCAAAGUCAUCGGCCACCGCUGCACUCUCAUCGGCCAGACUUCCAAAAAGGCCGCCGAGGUUCAUCAAACAGGCUCAUAUCG